UUGAAAUUGGUCUCGUCUCCGCGCUGCCGUUGAUGGAUUUUUUUUAUCCAAAGUUGUGGUGUGUUUUACCAGCCCAAAGGAAAGCAUCUUCUGAAGAGUUCAGUGAAAUAUUGUACACACAUUUUACUUGGUGUUAGCCCAGCACACUUUACGGCUGUGGCAAAUAGCUGAUGUGCUAAUUUCGGUGCGAUUAAGUAUUAUGGCUUAGGAAACAUAACCUACGGUUUUCGAGUUCGGAAGAAGACACACGGUGUAGAGGAAAAUACACAAUUUGAAGUUUUUUCCUUGAAUUUCCGUGGGACCAGAUUGGAAGAAAGAAAGACACGGAAGAAGACGAAGCAGACAGAGUCGCCAGCAGCAACAGCAGCAGCAGAAGAGAAGAGGUCUCAAUUCUCUCGCUCGCGCACUCACUUUAGAUAUUUUCGGUGUGCCCUUGCACAAGAAGAGCCUAGGCCUGCUUUGCCCUAGCCCUUACGACCGCGACAUCAACGUCUACGGAGUGGAGUUUUAAAUGAAUGGAGAAUUUCUACCAGAAGAGGAAAAAUCAAAGUGUGCUCUUGCAUUGGUGAUGUGUGUCCCGCCGAUGGCUGCUGCUGCUCGGGGGAAAGCGCAGCCUGCCUCGAUGUCGAUUGCUCGAGGUGCGAAUGAUUUAUGAGAACGAGGAAUUAAAAGGAAGAAUAACCAUGUUUGAAUCGAAAUAUUGAGUGAUUUCUGCUUUUUUCUUGCUUUCUCGACAAAUCGCGACACUACUAGUGGAGAGAGAGAAAGAGCGCGCGCGGUCCGUGAUGUGCAACCGUCGGUGAAGUGUGUCGGUUUAUAUAUAUUUAUAUUUUUGUACGUCUGCGACGGGGAAGAAAAAUGAAAAAUUGCCUCUGAUCAAUUUUCCGCCGUCGUUGUGUGCUUGGAAAAGUGAGGAAAAGUCUUGCAGGAAGUUCUCGAGGAAGCACUAGAGCUCUAAAUAGGCAAGCAGUGGGUUGAGAAAGUGUGUGCGAGCGAAGGGGAGUGCGCAGCACACUGUGGUUUUUUCCGAAUAGUUCGAUAAUUGUUGAGAGAAGGAAGAAGACCAGCAGUGCAAAGUGUGCAAACGAAACGAAGAAGCUGUCCGGAGUGGUAGCGAAGAAAGCAACAACAAAAAACUAACACACAAAAUCGCGUCUGCCUUUCAAGGAGGAGGAAAAACGGGCGCAGCGGCCCUCCUGAAGUGUGUGAAACGAAGAAAAAUGUAAAUGAACAAUCAAUAUCUUCUGCGCUACGUUAAAGUCGGAAAGUUUCUGACUCUUCCGCCACCCGUCAGGCAGGUCCUACUACUACUAGUCAGUGAGAGUGUACUAAGGGAAAAAUAACAUCCUCUUCGGUUCGGUUUUGUUGACGCAAGGAUAGUCGAGAAGUGAAUGAUAAUGUUUUGAUUUACUUGUGCACAGUAGGCGAUGUGAGAGGUUCAUCCCAAAUUCACGAGGAUUAUUCAUUAAUCAUGAGAACAAAUAAAUAGCUGACGCAGCAGCAGAGGAUAGUUUUAUUUUGUUUAUCUGUUUUCGUGUGUGCAUUUGACAAAUGAGCUACUGGGAAAAUGUGAUGCGUGUUUCGGACGUGUGGUGAAAAAGUGAAAAGCAACCGAGACCACCAAUAUAUAACAUUUCGCAGACAGCAGUGAAAAAAAGAAGUCAACCGAAGGAAAAACAAACGGGGGACGGAAGAGACACAGACAAUGUAAGUGGCUAAUAGUGCUACUACUUCUUUGCUGUUUUGUGGUCUGCUUUUCUGGAUUCAUCGCCGCCGCAGUCGUUGUCGCUGAACACGACAAGUUCGACAGGCGAAGCGCCUUGGAAUCGACUGACAAAACAGACACGGUCAACCAGUUCCAAAGUUGGAAGCGGCCACUGGUUUCGGGGGAAGAGACAAACAUAUACAUACACACACGCACGCAAAAGUGAUACGUUUUAGUGAUUCCGGCGGUCAUUUGAAUGGAAUAGAGAUUUUAACAAUUCGUGAGUUGGUUGAUUGGAAGAAGUUGUUCUUACAAAGCGGCCAUCAGUCGUUCAAUUUUCGGGGGUGGGUCGGAGUACCAUGCUGAAAAGAUGAAUAAAUAUAGCAGGAAGAAGAUUAAGGGUGACGUCACCGAGGUGAAUCGUCCCCACCAGCGACACACAGCCACUGCCACCAACAGCAUUACGACGAAGCGACGGAAAUACAGGCUACUGAACACACGGCUAAAGUUACUACCCAGUAUUCGAACCUGUUCGUACUUGACCCUAGGGCUGCUCGUUUGUCUGCAGCUGCUAAUGAUGACCACCGUGUUGCACUGUGCCAAAACCUUCUACAUGCACUGGAAUACGACGAACAGCAUAUUCCGGAUUGACAACACCGACCACAUCAUCGAUGUGAACAAGGGCAACUCGGCCUUCGAGUACGAUCAGGUCCAUAUCAUUUGUCCCGUGUAUGAGCCGGGCACCUUCGACAACGAAACGGAGAAGUACAUCAUCUACAACGUGUCGAAGGUGGAGUACGAAACCUGCCGGAUCACGAACCACGAUCCGCGCAUCAUCGCAAUCUGUGACAAACCGAACAAACUGAUGUUCUUCACUAUCACAUUCCGGCCAUUUACACCGCAACCCGGUGGUCUAGAGUUCCUACCAGGGAAUGAUUACUAUUUUAUUUCGACCUCGUCCAAGGACGACCUCCACCGGAGGAUAGGUGGCAGAUGUUCCACCAACAAUAUGAAGGUAGUAUUCAAGGUGUGCUGUGCGGAAGAUCAGCAUCCGCAUCCGAACGUAACGUCUAGUAAUAAUAAUAUUCCUUCGUCGACGUCGGCCGACGGUGGCAGUUCUGGGGGUGGUGGCAACGCGGUCAGUGGUAGCAGCGGUGUAUCGAUCAACACCAACGCUAGCGGUUCGCUGGAUGGUUUCGAUCCGUCGACGCGACUGCUUCCGUCCUCGACGGUAAACAGCAGCCAGGGCAACAUAGUGCAGAGCACGAUGAACUGGCCGGCGUGGAACGGUGGCCAACAGCGACCAGUUCCGUCGACUCCGUCGGUCAACAACAACAAUGGCGGAAAUGGUCGACACCAGCAUCAUUACACUCCUUCGCCGCCGAGGACGGCAAUCAACAAUUACAACUACGGUGGCAGCAGUGGAAGCGGCUCUGGUGCUUAUAGUAAUAGUAAUAAUUAUAAUAAUAACAAUCCACCGUCCAAUGCACAUCAGAACAAUAAGCCGACGAAGAAGACGAACGAGUACGACAAACACCCGAACGAGGUCGUCAAGAACGAGGAACUCACCUACAACAAUGCGGCAACCGCGAGGACCAGCCGGCGAGGUUUGCUAGGAUUAGUACUAAUAGCGAUCUGUCUGCAUCUGCUUGCUGACAGCAGCAGUAACAGUAGGCUAAGUGCAGCAGGGUUGCCAAAUGCGUUGCCAUUCACAAGAUAGCACGUAAGCCGAUUCCUAACGCGAUGCUAAUCAUGACACACACAUAGUUUUGAAGGUACACACCACUUUUACAGCAACAAAAAACAAGAAAAUAGACACAUACAUUCACACACACACAUACACUCACAAACAAACAUUUGUAAUACGAAAGACUUGGAUCUGGUUUUUCAAUGGUUUUUAUUUGCCGGAUCCGUCCCCAACCUGGGGCGGAUUCCGUCUCACGCUACGAAACAUUCAACGAUACUUGUAAAACAAGCGGGGGAGUCACAGCAGCAAAAGCGUAAGUUGUAUCCUUGUUCGUACAUAGAGCAAAACAAAUAUCUAAUAGUCCUUAUAGUGUGUAGUAGUGAGUGAUAUUAAUUUAAAGAAACAAACAGAAAAAAAAACAAGCAGAUUUAACACACAACUGAGAAGGAAAUCACACACAUUUUUAAUAGAGGUAAACUCGAAGACUGAGAGAUUUGACGACCGUGCGAACGUAACUGAAAUCCGGACGACAAAUAUUAAAAAAAAGGGGCAAAGCAAAGGCAGACCAUUUUCACGAAUUUGUCAUAAACCAUCUCAUCGCUAGAACAAACGGAACAAAAGCAGAAAACUAAACUAAACCCGUCGUACCGACUGACGGUUCCGUUCUCGAUCCUGGCCUGGCUAGCAGGCCCCCGAAAUUGCAAUCGUCGGAAAACCCUUUGAGCCGGGAAAUGAACGGCCCCGACGUUCAAAAG